UUAUUGUGGAUUAUUCUUCUACUAUUGCUCGCAAUGAGUGCCUUCGAGGAACUCGGUGUACUUCCAGAAAUCAUAAAGGCGGUAGAAGACUUGGACUGGUCACUACCUACUCCUGUACAAGCUGAAACCAUUCCUUUGGUGUUGGGUGGUGGAGACGCAAUGGUUUCAGCAGAGACGGGAAGUGGAAAGACGGGUGCUUUCUGUUUACCUUUAGUACAAGUUUGCUAUGAGACCUUGCAAGGAAAAUUCUUGCAAAUCACGAAGCAACCUAAUCAUAACGAUAAAUCAACAAGUUUGUGGUUCAAAAGUGACUAUAAUCUCAUCAUUGACAGAGAACAGACGGAACUAGAAAAUAAAUUACCCAAUAGAUGGCAAGGUGCCAGAGCUAGUCUUGGAGCAAAUAAUGGACGGUGGUAUUUUGAAGUAAAAGUUUUGUCGGACGGACUUUGUAGAGUAGGUUGGGCAACAGAGGAAUGUUCUUUGGAUUUAGGAACAGAUAGUGAAGGUCUUGGUUAUGGUGGCACUGGGAAGAAAUCUCAUAAUAGAGAGUUUGCAAACUAUGGCGAACCUUAUGGGGAGGGUGACAUUAUAGGUUGUUUUAUUGAUUUUGAAGAAUCUAGGUUAUUCUUUUCAAAGAACGGAACAAUUUUACAAACUGCGUUCGAAAUUCCUGCAGCGCUUAAGAAUUGUACUUUUUAUCCUUCGGUCUGUCUAAAGAAAUGUCGAGUCCAAGUUAACUUUGGUCCAGUUUCUAGCAAGAACUUCAUGGAUUCUUUUAGGAUGAUUUCAGAGUCUCCAUUAUGUAUUGAGAAAACUUAUUCUACCGGAGAUUCGUCAAAGAGAAAGAAAAAUCGUCGUGGUCCUUUGGCUCUCAUUUUAGAGCCUUCUAGGGAGCUUGCUUUGCAAGUAAAGGAGGAGAUUGGAAAAUUUUCAAAAUAUUUGAGUCCCACGAUACGCUGUGCCUGUUUAGUGGGAGGAGAGAAGAUUUCGCAGAAUAUUCAUGCAUUAGAUAACGGUGUAGAAGUGGUUUGUGGAACAUUGGGUCGUAUUCAAGAGUGUAUAGAAGGAGGACAUUUGGUUUUAAGUAGUCUCCGCUUUCUUGUGCUCGACGAAGCUGAUGCAUUUCUUCAUCAAAACCAGAUGGAGUCUAUUAUAGGAAUCUACAGCCGUGUUGAAGAGCAAAAUCUUGUUGGAGGUGUUCAAGUACUGUUCUUCUCUGCCACAUUACACUCUCCUGAAGUUCAUGAACUUUCCGAAAAGAUUCAACAGUCACCCAUGGUGGUGGAUAUGAAAGGAAGAGACUAUGUACCUGAAGAGGUUGAACACAGCGUCUUCUUUGUUGAUCCUAGUCAAAACACGACUGACUCAAAAGACUUUUCAGUGCACACAGAUGGAGUGCAUGAGCCAGAAGGCCAGAGUACUUUGGAAGAAUGGAGCUCUCAAAGGAUCAAACAAAUGAAAACGGUAUUAGUACGGAAGUUGAUUGAAUCUUUCUCGAUGGAGCAAGCUUUGAUAUUUGUCCGAACUCAGUUAGAUGCCGAUAAUUUACAUCACUAUUUAAAGAAUAUUUCUUUGAGAAACAAGAGUGGAUAUGGUAAAGAUGAACGUUAUUCAAGCGUGGUGCUUCACGGAGGCAUCAGUGCAAGAGAACGCAAGGCCAAUUUACAGAACUUUAAAUCAGGUGAAGCCCGAUUUCUUAUUUGUACAGAUGUAGCAGCGCGAGGCAUUGAUGUCGAGGGAGUUCCGUAUCUUAUCAAUGUGACGUUACCCGAUAAUGUAGAAACUUAUGUUCAUCGUGUUGGCCGUGUUGGUCGCUCUGAAAGAUUAGGUUUGGCUAUUUCACUGGUUGGAACGAAGCCAGAAAAAGUUUGGUUCCACCGUUGUCCAAGUCGAGGUCGCAACAAUCAAUGUAAGAACAGAAGGCUGUUGUCUGAAGGAGGCUGUACUAUUUGGUACGAUGAAAUGGAAAUAUUCAAGCAAAUCCAAAAACAUUUAUCCCUUCAAGUAAUUACUUUAGAUUCAAGUUUUCAACUGCCUGUGGACAACAGAAAACAUUUUGGAUAUCAAAGUAAGGAGAUGGAAGCCAUUGCUGCCAUUCAGAAAAAGGUAGACUGUCUUAAACCAAUUACUACGGCUGUCAUAGAGUUGGAAGAUCAAGUACAAAAGAAUUUUUUGGCAUUAUCUCAUCGUUUUUCUUUGAAUCAUUUUAACUUUUGUAGUUAAUUUCAUUUCAUUCCGAGAGAAGGCCAUUCAAUAAAAAAAUUUUUAGGAAU